ACUCAGAGUACCACUGUUGUGCCUGGUGACUCGGUGCCCACUGCCUUGCCAGAUGACGCGGUGCCGCUGUCGAGCCAAAUGACCUGAUGCCUGCCAGACGAUCCAAUAUGACGCAGUUAACGGGUGCCCACUGGCGAGCCAAAUGACCUGAUGCCUGGUGACCCGAUGGCCGUUGUCGUGCCUGAUGACCCGGUGCCCGCCGCUCCGCCUGGGGCCCGGUGUCUGCCGCCCCUCCUGGGGGCCCGGUGCCUGCCCCCGCCUGAGGGGCCCGACGCCCGCCGCUCCACCUGGGGGGCCCAUCAGCCCUGCCUGGGGGCCCGAUGCCUGUCGCCC